CACACCACGCAGGCAGAGGCAGGGCAGGCCGCCCACGAGGGGUGACUGCCCUGCUGCUCCGCGCGCAAGCACAGUGGACGACGACGCGCCCGCUGGCUGGGCUGGCUUGCGUGUGUCAGGCUGUCAGCUCGCUACGGUUACUACUGCUAGCUGGCCCCCCCACUCUCUCUCUCUCUCGCUGCGAUCUCUCCACUCCACCCCAGGCAAGGAGGAGGGGAAAGGGAGAGACUCGUCUCGCUCUGGUUCUCCCGAGCGAGCGGGCAGGCGCGGCCAACGGAGCGGUCCAGGGCCGGAGCGAGCCAAAGGGAGGGAGGGAGUGGAGACCUGAGGUCCGGAGCGGGAGGAGAAUCCUUGACUUGUUGGUUCUCUCGGAUGUGACGAGGGGGCAGCCGCGCCGCGCCCCCUCCCUCUGCGCCGUCGCGCCCUGCCCCGCGCUCCAGCUCCUACAAGGCCGCGGCCACAAGCCCACAAGUGCCGCCGCUGCGCCUUCCGGGGUCCCGUCUCGGCUCCUCAGCGAAGCAGCGGUGGGCGGAGCUGCGCGCCGAGUGUCCCGGCGCGAGUGGUGCCGGCGGAAGGACAACCCCGCCCCAGCGCACCGGGUUCCCCCGGCUGCUCCUCCUUGGAAGAGAGCGGCGGCGGCGGAGUGACCGCUUUGGCGCCUGGAGUUCCGCUGAGAGAGUAAUGCGCUUAAGGAGUUACGACAAUGGCUUCAUUGGUACCUGGUGUCCUUGUGAAGCUCCUGCAGCAUAUGAACACCGAUGUUAAAGUCGCCGGAGAGCAUCGGUCCUCGCUCCUCCAGGUUGUCAGCAUUGUUCCAGCACUCGCCGGGAGCGAUCUUUUUACCAAUCAAGGGUUCUACCUCAAGGUGUCGGAUUCAUCCCAUGCGACCUAUGUUUCCCUUCCAGAGGAGCAGCAUGAUCUCAUCUUGAGCGACAAGAUUCAGUUGGGUCAGUUCAUCCAUGUGGACCGCCUAGAGGCAGCCACUCCAGUUCCCAUCCUUAGAGGAGUUCGGCCAGUUCCUGGUCGCCAUGCUUGUGUUGGCACACCUGAGGAUCUUGUGCUAACCAGCUCCUCGAAUUUUCAUGGCAGCAAGAGGACGCAACCAUCAAAUGGAUUGAAGGAUGCCAGCAGCUUGUCUCUAGAAAAGGAAACAAGCAAAUUGGAGAAAAUAAAUGCAUCACGCAAGCCUACUGGGCCGGAAAAUAAGAAGCCGGUGCUAACCAAAUCAAACUCUUCACUGUCAAAACAAGCUUUGAAUGGGAUUGGUGGUAAGAAGGAAUCAGUUAGAUCAAAGGUGAAACCAGCUAUUACUCGGUCAACACCUUCAUCUCCAACCAGUGUCUAUUCUCUACCUGCAUCAUUCGACAGAUUCUCUAAUGAUCUGAAACAGAGAAACAAAGUAAAAGGGGCUGAAAAAGCAUCAUCUUCUAGGCUUUCCUUGUUAGAAAAGGCUGCUUCUGUUUUGAAGGUUACUACUGCCGGGAGGAAGUCCUCUGCCAGUAAUCCGAUCAGUAGCUCUGUGUUGAGUAUUGGAUCAGGGCCAAAGGCCUUAAGAAGAAGCUGGGAAGGAAACAUGGAUAUUAAAGGAAAAGGCAAUUCAGAAUCAAAGACUGUGAAACCUGACAGGAAGUCUGAUAACAAGAUCCCUGUGACUCCUAGACGAAAAUCACCAAUGGAUGAGAAAGUGUCACACAGAGAUGCCAGUGUGAUUCAGAAAGCUGCUAGGAAGAGCACCGCAAGUGCUCCUUCAGAUGAUGCUGACAAAACAGUUAAGAAGCAUACUCCUGUAAAGAGAACUUCUGGGGUUUUGGGCAACUCAAAUGUUACAAAUUUAGUCAAGAUUCCUCCCAACAGCAAAAAGCUAACAGAUGCAAGCACUUCGUGGACUUCACUCCCUCCAUCUCUUGCCAAACUAGGAAAGGAGCUUCUGAGGUACAGGGAAUCAGCACAAAUGGCUGCUGUUGAAGCCAUGCAAGAAGCUUCAGCUGCGGAGAGCUUGCUCAGAUGUUUGAGUUCGUACGCCGAGGUGAGCUCCACGGCGGAGGAACAGAACCCUCAGCCGGCGGUGGAGCAGUUUCUCACCCUCCACGCCGCUCUUUCGCGGGCAACAGUGAUCACCGACACCCUCGCGAAGCCUACCACCACCUCUGCGUCGUCGCCGGACCGCUCGGCGGCCAGUGACGCCGGAACGGUGGCCUCCACCACCGACGAAGAGGCUGCGGCAGUCGCGGCCGAGCGCAGGAGACGAGCAACAUCAUGGGUGAGCGCCGCUCUGGCUACAGACCUGUCCGCCUUCGGCCUGUACAACCUCAAACCUGCCCCCGCCACGGUCUCCUCGCCGCUGGCCGUGGUGGUCGUCGACGAGUCAUCGAAGCCGGCUGCGGCCGCGGCCACGCCGACGAAGUCGUCGCCGUCGCCUAAGUCACGGAUGUCCCCAGCGAAGGGGAAGGCAAGGACGGGCCCUGGCGCUACGGCGGCCGCAGCGGCGCUGACGACGAAGCCCGCGCCGCCGGAGUGGGAGAGGGGAGGAGGCGCGGAGGAGAGGGGUGAGCUGGCGAGGCGGCUCGGGGAGGAGUCGAGGGGCUGGUUCCUCGGCUUCGUGGAGCGGUUCCUGGACGCGGACGUGGCGGCGGCCGCGCCAUGGGACCGCGAGCGCGCGGCCAGGAUGCUCCCGCAGCUGAAGCGCGUCAACGACUGGCUCGGCGAGAUCGGGAAGCGCAGCGAGGCUCCUACCCCGCCGCACUCGGAAGCGGACGGUGAGGCGACAGCCGCAAGCACCGCCCCCGUCGCCGCUAACGGCUGUUGCGGCGUUCCCGAGGAGACGAUCGAGCGGCUAAGGAAGAAGAUCUACGAGUAUCUCCUCACCAACGUCGACUCCGCCGCCGCAAUGCUCGGCGGCGGCGGCGGGCCGACCCCGCCGGCGAACGGGAAGAAGGGCUGAGGCAUGGGGUGGGAGGGCCUUACUGGGCCCAUUAGCAGUGUGAAAUUUGAUUGGGCCAAAAAAUGGGCUUGACUAGUUUAAUGUAGGCUUCCUUUUGUUUUUUACUGGGCUUUUGCGAUUUUCUCUAGUUUCCGUUUCUUCUUUCUUGAAGGGGUUUACAGAGAAAAGAAAAAGGUGAUGAAAAAUUGACUUGUAUUUAUCACUGAUGUCCACUGGGUGACUCUGAAUUAAUUAUAUUGCUCGAUCGGAUGGGUUGCUUCUGAUC